GACCGCAAGUGUGGGUAUCUCUCUGCACUACAGCACCCAGAAUCCCUCGCGCUGCGGCCUUCGGCAAUCUUCGGCUGUCUCCGCCCACAGGAGCGCGCGCCGCGGAAUGCUGCUCUGAUUCCAGCGCGCUGGAAAAAAAGUUUCUCAGAGAUGGAGCGAGUGCUGAGGCGCUGAUAUCUGCACUUUUACUCAUGAUAUUCAACGCGAAAAGGAGAUUCAGUUGACUCGGACCUGCCACGAACAUCCCCAUCUUCCAUAUUCGUGCGGAAUUAAAACUUUUACGGAUCGAUUUCGUCAACUUUUUCGUAGUUUUCUGUGCCCUCGGGUGAAAAUGCCGCAGCCCGCUCGCGCCGUGAGCUUCGUGCUGCUCGUGUUUCACGUUACGGGACUCACAGCGAUUAACGGAGGCUCGGAUCGAUCGGAACCGGAGCCGUGUCCGUCUGCGUGCUCGUGUGCGGGAUUUUCAGCGGACUGUAGUGGAUUAAAACACGGCAGGAUCGCGGAGAGGCUCCCCGCGCGGAUCACGCGUCUGGAUCUGAGCCAUAACAAGUUACGCACGUUUCCUGAAGCGCUGCUCGCCAGUCUGCCGCAGCUCAGCGAAAUAAAACUGAGUAACAACGAGUUUGAGUCGAUCCCGGAUUUGGGCCCAAACGCUGGAAACCUCAGCAGUCUGAUUCUAGCAAACAACAGGAUCUCGAGGAUCUCGGCGGAGCGGCUCAGUUCGCUGGUCGCUCUGGAGACGCUGGACCUUAGCAACAACAAUAUUAUGGAGGUUCGCGCCGGGGCUUUUCCUCCUCUCCCUCUGAAAAACCUGUUGAUGAAUAAUAACCGUAUUUCCACGCUGGAGCACGGCUGCUUCAGUAACCUGUCCAGCUCGCUGCUGGUGUUAAAACUCAACAAAAACCGGCUGAGCUCCAUCCCGCCCAAGAUCUUCUCGCUGCCGCACCUGCAGCACCUAGAGCUGAGCAGGAACCGCGUGCGGCGCAUCGAGGGUCUGACGUUCCACGGCCUUCACGGCCUGCUCUCGCUGAAGAUCCAGAGGAACAGGAACAACAACGAAGCCCAGCAGCUGGAGUACAAUAACCUGACGGAGGUGAGCAAAGGCUGGCUCUACGGCCUCCUGACGCUGCAGCAGCUGCAUCUGUCACACAACGCCAUCAGCCGCAUCAAACCCGACGCCUGGGAGUUCUGCCAGAAACUCGCCGAGCUCGAUCUGAGCUGGAACCAGUUGAGCCGUUUGGAGGAAGGCAGUUUCGUUGGGCUCAGCGUCCUCGAGCAGCUCCACGUCGGAAACAACCGCAUCAGUUUCAUCGCUGACGGAGCGUUUCGAGGCCUCAGCAACCUGCAGGCGCUAGAUCUGAAGUAUAAUGAAAUCUCGUGGACCAUCGAGGACAUGAACGGACCUUUCUCUGCUCUCGACAAUCUGAGGAAACUGUUCCUCCAAGGCAAUCGAAUCCGAUCGGUCACCAGGAAGUCCUUCACAGGCCUGGACCUGCUGGAGCAGCUGGACUUGAGCAACAACGCCAUCAUGUCGGUUCAAGCCAACGCUUUCUCUCAGAUGAAGAAACUCACAGAGCUGCACCUGAACACCUCCAGCCUGCUGUGCGACUGCCAGCUCAAGUGGUUUUCUCCGUGGGUGGCCGAGCACGCUUUCCUUCCUCUGGUGAACGCCAGCUGCGCCCAUCCACAUCUGCUCAAGGGCAAAAGCGUCUUCGCCGUCGCCCAGGAGGAGUUUGUGUGCGAUGAUUUCCCCAAACCCCAGAUCACCGUGCAGCCCGAGACACAGUCAGCCAUCAAAGGCACCAACGUGACGUUCGUCUGCUCCGCGGCCAGCUCCAGCGACUCCCCGAUGACCUUCGCCUGGAAGAAAGACAACGAGAUCCUGAACGACGCCGAGAUCCAUAACCAGGCUCACCUGCGCUCUCAGGUCAGCGAGGUCACCGAGUACACGACCACACUGCAGCUGCGCCACGUGGAGUUCACUAGUGAGGGCAGAUACCAGUGCGUCAUCUCCAACCACUUCGGCUCCUCGUACUCCACCAAAGCCAAACUCACCGUCCAUAUGCUGCCGUACUUCACCAAAACGCCGAUGGACCUGACGAUCCGCGCCGGAGCCACCGCGCGCCUGGAGUGCGCCGCCAGCGGACACCCGUCUCCUCAGAUCGCCUGGCAGAAGGACGGAGGCACGGAUUUCCCUGCGGCCCGCGAGCGGCGGAUGCACGUCAUGCCGAGGGACGACGUGUUCUUCAUCGUGGACGUGAAGACGGAGGACAUCGGCGUGUACAGCUGCACUGCGCAAAACACCGCCGGCGCCGUCUCUGCUAACGCUACGCUAACGGUGCUGGAGACGCCGUCGUUCCUGCGUCCGCUGCUGGACCGUGUGGUGGUGAAGGGCGAGACGGCGGUGCUGCAGUGUAUCGCGGGCGGCAGUCCUCCGCCUCGACUCAACUGGACCAAAGACGACAGUCCGCUGCAGGUGACCGAGCGACACUUCUUCGCCGCCGGGAACCAGCUGCUGAUCAUCGUGGACGCCGCGGACGGAGCAGGAACCACCACCUGCGAGAUGUCCAACCCGCUGGGCACGGAGCGAGGGAACGUGCGUCUGGCCGUCCUGCCCAACCCAAACUGUGACUCGGGGCCGGCGGCCGGAGGGGCUCUGGGGCCGGAGGAGGACGGCUGGACCACGGUGGGCAUCGUGAUCAUCGCUGUGGUGUGCUGCGUGGUGGGAACCUCGCUAGUGUGGGUCGUGAUCAUCUAUCACACGCGCCGGCGCAACGAGGACUGCAGCGUCACCAACACAGAUGAGACGAAUCUCCCGGCGGACAUCCCGAGCUAUCUGUCGUCUCAGGGAACGCUAGCGGAGCGUCAGGACGGGUACAUGUCUUACACUGAGGACGGGAGAUUUUUUUACCGUAGUAUUUAUGAUACCGUUUCUCCUCCCGUAGGCCUCUGCCAGCUGGACACAGGAAGUGAGGCGGACAUGGAGGCGGCAAUCGACCCCCUGCUGUGCCAUUAUCAGGGGCCGGUGGGUUCUCUGCUGAGACGGAGCCCCCGCUACAGCCCCGAUCUGCAGGACACCUUCAGCGCGUGUGCGUCAGAGCAGCGGCAGCAGGAACAGAAGUGUGAUCUGUUCUACACCUGCAGCUCCGCCCUCGAGUCCUUCGAUCACAUGAUGAUGCAGCUGGGUGACACUUCCUGUGUGGAGGACUGUGAGAGAGGAGAGUGCGUUCUGGGCUCCUCGGCAUCAUAUAUGGGGACGUUCGGGAAAGCGCCGUGGCGGCCGCAGCAGGAGCUCUGCGCUCAUAACGCCGUCAUCCUUCACGAGAAUCCGUACGCAGCGCUUCACGCCGACUCGGACCUGGACUCGGAGCGUGCGAGCGUUUACGAGCAGCCACUCGAUCACAGGACGAUAGAGAGCUUUCCCUCGUCACCGCUGGGCUCUUAGCGCCUUCGACAGGAGGACGACCAAAGACCAGAAACGCUCUACCUCAAGAAAGGAGCUGCGACUGAAUGUAAAUGACACGUUUGUACAGAAAAACAGAUUAUAUACAUUUUAUACGAAAUUAUAUUUUGUAAAUUAAUAGUGUAAAUAUGACCCUUAUUUUUCCUACUCUUUUCCUGUAAAUGUACGCCUGAGUCAGAUAUAUGCAACCCAUUCGAGGACUAGUUAAUGAUGUUUAUGAUGUUUAUUCCGCUUUGGCUUUUGCUUUGAAUAAAGCACCAUUUGCACAAACUAGUACACAAUAAACAUUCCCGUGAGCUGCUA